UUCGCCCCAGAGGCAGUCAGACUCCGGGAGACGCUCUCCUCCCCCACUCCCAGAGACCGAGCUGGGGGGCUAGCGGCCGCUCCGCCCGUCCUGCCGUGCCGCUCCCGUUGGAGUGAAGACCCGGUGGAGCGAUGGCACGUUCCGGUCCCUGGAUGGGCAGCGUGUUUCUCUUCACCUUGUUCUUAGCAUUUGAUGCCCAGUCGUCGAUGAACACACCCAAAUUUCCAGACAUCUAUCAUGUUACAGGAAUUCUGUCAUUGCCACUCGCUGAGAUUAAAGAACCAUUUGAAGCUUGGUACAACCUGUCUGGAAACAUCAGCCGCAUUGAUUAUUAUAAUGGUCAGGUGAUAACUCUACAACAUGGAUUUGAAAAGCCAGCUGGAAUUAGUUACAAGAUUUCUCCAGAAACCACCGAAACAGAGAUAAACGUUAUCAAAUGCUUCCGAGUGAAUGGAACUGUUGAUGAUCCCAUCUUUCCACAGUCAGUCUUUCCAAACCUGGAGGGUUUUAAGUUCAUAAAGGAAGAGGACUAUAAAGGACAACAUUGCAGCGUGUGGCAGAAUAUUAUUUACAAAAAUCAAAAGAAGAAUAAUUACACUAUAUGGAUCACUAAGUCUACAAAUGGUCCCGUUCCUGUCCAUUAUGAAAUGAAGGGAUAUAAUACUUUGUUUGGAUCUCAUUAUGACAAAUAUGAAUUAGAUUAUGGAACUGUGUACUUUAACGUGGACUCAAAUAUCUUCGAACUUCCUGAAGGUUUGCCUUGUGAAAGAUUUGCUGGUCUUGGAGUAGAACACAGAAUCCUAGCAAAUCCCAUUCAGGAUUUAGUUACCAUAGAUAAGGAAGACCGGGCUCAUCAUUUGUUUCAGCAUUACAAGAAGAAAUUUAAUAGAGACUAUGAGAUAGAUGACGAGGAACAUGAUUUGAGAAGAACCACAUUUACUCACAACAUGAGGUACAUCCAUUCAAUGAAUCGAGCAAACCUAACCUAUAAGUUGGAAGUUAACCAUCUGGCUGACCGCACUGCGGAUGAGACAGCAGCAAUGAGAGGAAGGCUGAAGAGAACCUUACGAAAUAUCGGGCUACCUUUUCCAACAGAUCGGUAUAUGUCAACAGUUGUCCCUCUGAGUGUGGACUGGAGACUGUAUGGAGCAGUAACCCCUGUCAAAGAUCAAGCUGUUUGCGGGUCUUGUUGGAGCUUUGCAGCAACUGGUGCUCUAGAAGGAGCACUUUAUCUCAAGACAGGAAAUUUAGUUCCUCUUUCUCAGCAAAUGUUGAUGGAUUGUACCUGGGGCUUUGGAAACCAUGGGUGUGAUGGCGGAUUGGAAUGGCAGACAUUUGAAUGGAUUAUGAAACAUGGUGGAAUUGCUGAUGCAGAACAUUAUGGCUCUUACAUGGGACAGAAUGGAUUCUGCCACUAUAAUCAAUCCACACUUACAGCCAAACUGAACAGUUACACCAGUGUCACUCCAGGAGACAGCGAAGCAUUAAAAAUGGCCAUCUUCAAAAAUGGACCAGUGGCUGUUGGGAUGGAUUGUGCACAUAAAUCCUUUCAGUUUUACAGCAGUGGUGUUUAUUAUGAGCCAACGUGCGGAAAUGACCUGGAAGAUUUGAAUCAUGCUGUGCUUGCGGUUGGCUUUGGAACACUUGCUGGUCAGCCAUACUGGCUCAUUAAAAACUCUUGGUCAACAUACUGGGGAAAUGAUGGAUACAUACUGAUGUCCAUGAAAGACAACAACUGUGGAGUUGCAACAGAUGCAAUUUAUGUCACCCUGGAGUGACUGCACAGAAAGAUAUGUGAACAUUUGACUCGUAUUGUUUCCUCAAAUACAUGAUCAUUUAGUCAAAAUUUAUUUUUACACAGAUAAUUGCAACAGUCCUUGUCAGCAUGAAGUGUAAUAAUCAAAUACAAAUGCAAUAAUGAUCAAUAAAGUUUAAUCUUUAAUUUCUUUCCUUAACUGCGAACUCUUGAAAACUAUUGUGUAUAUUGUUGGAAAGUGCUUCUUUUUCAUUAUUGAUGGAAGAGAAAUGCAUUGGCACAUAACGGAAAUGAUGUGAUUAUGCGGAUGCAGCAUAAUGCUUCAUGCUGGAAAACACUUAUCCCAAUAAAUCAUUAUAGCAUGCUUCUUCUGAGAUAGCAUCCUUUUGUUCAUCGAUAAAUGGUUGUAUGUAAAAUGAACACAAUGAUUCUCUUACAAAUUUCACAAAACUAAAGCACAACAAAAGGAUGUAAUCGAUUAAUUU